AUGAGUUCCCGAGAUAUCUCUAGGAAGAGACUUGGUUCCUGGCCCGGGUUCAGCCCCGAGGCCGCAGCUAAGCUUGACGAGAUCAGCAUGGCCAUGGAAGGCCGCUGCAUGGAGAGAAGUACCGAAAGGACCGCAGGUUUCACGGAUUCGAGAUUUGCCAUAACGUUCAAGUAUCUUCUCCGCACAGAUCUUACUGCCAACGAGCGAUACUGCUUGCAAAGCAGUUCCAAAUUCGCUUUGAAUGUGGACGUCUGCUUGAGCCUUGACGAGAUUCAGUACUACGUCCUCAUGACGCUUCUUGCAAGCAGCAACUAA